AUGCAAGUAUUAUCAGAUGAGGAAAAACGUGCGCAGUAUGAUCAAUAUGGGCACGAGUUUUCAGAACAACCAACGGGUGCAGGAGGUUUCACAAGUAGUCAAGAUAUGGGAGGCUUUAAUUUUGCUCAAGGAGGGGCUGGUGGAUUCACAAGUGGAUUCGCAAAUACAGAUCUAUUCGAUCGGCUCUUUGGGUCUUUUGGUGGACCAAGAGCAGGCGGAUUUUCAGCCGGUUACGGACAAGCUUUUACACCUGGAGAAAUUUUCGAGACAUUCGUGGAUAUAUCUUUUAUGGAUGCAAUUAAGGGGACAAAAAAAAAAGUUAUAAUCGAGCCAAUAACCUUUUGUAAAUCUUGUAAGGGGUUAGGCACAAAAAGCGGCAAGAAACCAGAAAGAUGUCCCGUAUGUUCUGGAUCUGGUAUGCAACAUGUGAGCUUAUCGAGUGGCUUCCAUGCACAAACCAUAUGUAAUUCAUGUCGAGGCAAAGGCACAAAAAUUUCCUCAGGAAAUCGAUGUCCUACAUGUGGAGGUGCUGGACGAGUGAUAGAAAGAAAAACUGUAGAUAUCGAUAUUCCAGCUGGUAUCGAGCAUGGGAUGAGAAUAAGAGUACCUAAACAAGGUAAUGUACAUCGCGAUUAUGAUGGGCCGCCGGGUGACUUGCAUGUUGUUGUCAAUGUCGCGCCUUCUCCAUUAUUCGAGCGCAAAAAUCAGGAUAUAUAUUAUAACGCGAGCAUCCCGUUCUACACCGCACUCCUUGGCGGGUUUAUUCGAAUUCCGACUGUGGACGGAGAUGUUGAACUUAGGGUUCCACCGGGUGCACAGCCCGAACAACAAACAAGGCUGAAAUCGCGUGGUGCUCCAAAAUUAACCUCGACUGAGCGUGGGGAUCAGAUAAUUACAUUUAAAGUGAAAUUACCAAAGAUAUUAACACCGAAACAGCGUGAAUUAAUAGAAAAGUUCGCAACAUUAGCAGAAGGACACAAUAGUAAAAAAGAUAGAGAACAUGCCGAAGAAUAUUUGGACUUUUGGCUCGAUAUCGCCGAGCAUGAAAUGUUGUGUAAACAUUUCAUGAGAGAUUUGAGAAGAACGGGAAUAGAUGUUAAUUUAGAGUAUCCAGAGUUUGUACAAUACAAAAGUACCAAGGAAAAAAAUCCUUUGCAUAGUAAUUCAAGCACCGAAGGUGUUGGAAGCGUGAAAAGAAAUCUAAGUGCUUCUUCUCGUGGUUCUGAUACAUCUCUUACGAGUGGUGCUUCAUCACGCGCUCCUUCACCAAUAACUAAUCUUGGGGUUCCAAAUUACGCAAUAGAUAUUCCACCGCCGGGUGGCAAUGCAGAUAGAAAUCCACGAUAUCGAGAUUCAGUUCGAUCGAAUACCACGGGAAAUCUCUCGUUUGUUGGACAACGACCGAUAACGCGAGAUGAUAUAAAAUUUUCCGCGGAUCGUAUUUAUUAUCGAUAUGUGGUAGCACAGUCCGAGAAAGAAAUUAACUUAUCGGAACCGAUUCGUGAACGAAUGCGAAUUGCAAUAGAGAAGAAUCAUCGAGAUGAUCCAAAUGUGUUCCAAGAGGCUAAAGAUGAAGUAAUGGAAUUGAUGCGGUUAGAUCCGUUUCCGCGGUUUUUACAAGCACGAGCUUAUGGAAAUAUGACUGUUUUACAGACGAUUAUACGAUUGGGUUUGGGUUUGUUUUGCUUAUUCGUAGGAUUCUCUGUGGAGUUGUCUUUAAUCUUUUUAGACGAGAAGCGUUUAUUAAGACUUUGGGGCUUCAUUCCAAUAUUUUUCGGAGUAUCAAAUCUUUUUGCCAAUCAAACAGAACUUAGUCCAUUGUUUGUCUUAUUAAAAACUAGUGAAACAACAUUCUUAAAAUUUCAAAUAAUCAGAGAAUUGUAUAUUUAUAAAUUACAAAUAAGAAAAGGCAUACGAGUAUUCUUGGGAAGCUUACUUGUAUCGCUGUUUGUUACUGGAUUUUUCAUUGCACUACCUGGGCAUCGUCUAUAA